CCAUAAAGCAGUGCCCCCCCAACACACAUACAAUCUCCCAGAGCAGACACCGGCUAGCUACUAGCAGCAGCUGUCAAAUCCUGAGCUGUCUAACAGGAUGGCGGAGGGUCUUUCGUACACUAUAGUGGAGUAUUUCGGGGGGGACGAUGGCUACCGCUGUGGCUAUUGUAAAAACGAGAAGGGCAACUUCUCCCACGGGAUGUGGUCCCACACAAUGACUGUGCAAGAUUACCAGGACCUCAUAGACCGAGGAUGGAGAAGAAGUGGGAAGUACGUCUACAAGCCAACAAUGAAGAAGACGUGCUGUCCACAAUACACCAUCAGAUGCCACGCGUUGAACUUCCAGCCUGCCAAAUCCCACAAGAAGACCCUGAAGAAGAUGAGCAAGUUCCUGUCCAAAGGGGAGCUCCCGGCCGGAGGCCCAGAUGAAGAGCCUAUGGACUCCCUCUGUGAGGAAGCGGGCCUGAAGAGGACCGCCAAGGCCUGCCCCACCCAGGUGGAGGUGGCAGCCGUCCCAGAACCUCAGCCAGCGGGGGUGGUGGCGGCAAGUGCACCAGCGGCCCCGGAGAAAUCCGGACAAGGCGGCCCGCCAACUGUCCAAGACGGUCCUCCGACUGUCCAAGACGCUGGACUGCCAAGUUCAACUCACAAACCAGGGAAGGGGGCGGACCCAGCCCGGCCGCCCUGCCGGAAGGCCAAGGACCUCCGGAAGGAGCGCCGCCUGCAGAAGGAGCAGAUCAAACGGGCCGUGGGGGGCGACUCUGGCGCCUCGCCCGCCACACCCACCACCCCCACCACCCCCACCCCCAACCAGGCCCCGCCCGGCCACGCCCCCCAGCCCAAACCCCUGGAGGCGUUCAUUCACGAGUCGCUACCCGACACCGCCCUCCAUCGCCUUGAGGUGAGGCUAGUGCGCUCCAGCCCCCCUUGCCCACAGUUCAAAGCCUCUUUCGACGCCUCCUACCAGGUGUACAAACUCUACCAGAUGGCCAUUCACAAGGACCCUCCUGAAAAGCCCUCCGAGAGCCAGGUGAGGCUAGUGGCGGUCAGCUUUGACGACCCCACGUUCGCGGCGACCUUUGAGCAGUCCGCGGCGCUGUACGCCCGCUACCAGACGGCGGUGCACGGCGACGCCGCCAGCGAGUGUGAUGAGAGCGAGUUCCGGAGAUUCCUCUGUGAUUCGCCCUUGGAGGCGGAGUCGCCCCCCGAUGGACCAGAGAUGGGCUACGGCUCCUUCCACCAGCAGUACUGGCUGGGCGACCGCAUGGUGGCGGUGGGCGUGGUGGACGUCCUGCCCACCUGCGUCUCCUCCGUCUACCUGUACUACCACCCCGAGUUUGCCUCCCUCUCCCUGGGCUCCUACUCUGCACUCAGGGAGAUCGCCUUCACCCGGCAGCUGCAGAAACAGUCCCCCAAGCUGGCCUACUACUACCUGGGUUUCUACAUCCACUCCUGCCCCAAGAUGCGCUACAAGGGAAAGUACCUGCCUGCUGACCUGCUGUGCCCGGAGACCUUCGUCUGGGUGCCCAUCGAGCGCUGCACCGCCCGCCUGGAGAACGCCCGCUACGUCCGCUUCAACCAGGACCCCGACGCAGGUUAGCCAGCGCCCAACGGGCAGAGCGCCCCCGACCGCCUCCUACGGCGAUUUGUGGUUCGCUCUCCAGUCCGUUACCCUGCAUUUACUAUCCCAGCCACAGCUCUCAGACUGUAGGCCCAACGUUAGAUGUUCUUAAGGAGCUCUGAGUGGCCCGCUGGUGUGUGUGUGUGUGUGUCCGGGCUGGCGUCCAACAC